AUGAAAAGUCAGUUAUAUGAUUUACUGGUUGGAGAAACUGUUAAAGGAAAGAAUGUCACCAGUGACAUACAUAUGGAUGGUGAUAUACCUUUAUUUGUAUCUGCACCGAUGGUGCGAUAUUCAAAAUUGCCAUUUCGAAUGUUGGUUCGUUUAUAUUCAGUGGAUGUUGCGUUUACACCUAUGAUUUAUGCGAAACAUUUUAUUGCAUCAGAACAGUGCCGAUCUGCAGAAUUCACUACUUGUCCAGGUGACAAUCCAACUGUUGUGCAGUUUGCUAGCAACGAGCCAGAAGAGUUUUCCACAGCAGCGAUGUUCAUAAGCAGGUAUUGUCGUGGUAUUGAUCUGAACUGUGGUUGCCCACAGAGAGAUGUUAUGAGAGAGGGAUAUGGUUCGAGUUUGUUGACAGAUCCUGUUCGAAUUGCUGAUAUUGUUUCGACUACACGUCGGCGAAUUUCAAGACCAGAUUUCACUAUUUCCAUCAAAAUCCGACUAAAACCGAAUCGCCAGUUAACUUUAGAAACAUGCCGUCAAGCAGAAAGAGCUGGUGUUUCAUUUGUAACAGUACACGGGCGAACACCUGAGCAACGAUCGGAACCUGCAGAUUAUGAUAUGAUCAAGUUGAUCAAAUCAAGCCUAUCUAUCCCAGUAAUUGCUAAUGGAAAUAUCAAAAGCUAUGAACAAGCAUUGCAAGUUGUAAAAUAUACGGGAGUUGAUGGUGUAAUGUCGGCAAAUGGUUUAUUAGAAAAUCCAGCAAUGUUUGCCGGUUACACUUCUACUCCGAAGCAGUGUGUUGCAGACUGGGUGCGAUUGGCCACAGAACAUGGUUGUCCAUUUGAUUUGUUCCAUCAGCAGUUAAUGUUUAUGCUUCGAUCUUCGCUUACUAGUAGGCAAAGAACGAUGUUCAAUGGACUGAGUAAUCAUCCAGCUGUUUUUGACUAUCUAAAUUGUAAUCUUUUCAAAAAAUGA